AUGCUUUUACAGCUUGAACACCUCGAGAACGCGUUCUACAAAGGUGCGCUGGCCAAGUUCAGCCUGGCGGACUUCCAAAAAGCAGGGUAUUCGGCGACCUACUACAAUAACUUGAAGUACAUCGCCUUUGAUGAAGCAUCCCAUGUUCAGCUCCUUUCUGGUGCGCUCACUGCUGCUGGGGUGACUCCUGUCGUCCCGUGCACCUACAGCUUUCCGUACACGGAUGUGCGCUCCUUUAUCACUCUCUCGUCAGUCAUCGAGGGUGUUGGAACCUCCGCUUACCUUGCGGGUGCUCCGCUCAUCACUGACAAGGGCUACCUCACCGUUGCGGGGUCGAUCCUCGUAGCAGAAGCUCUGCACACAUCCUACCAGCGGGCUGCCGUCGGUGAGGUUCCCAUGGCCAACCCCUACGGGACACCACUCGACCCAACCUCUGUCUUCACUUUGGCAGCAGGCUUCAUCACAUCGUGCCCACCUCAGAAUGCGCCAUUGCCUUUCGUACCAUAUCCGGCUCUGACCUACAACACCAGUGCGAGCUGCACCUGCGAGGGUCCAGACUGCUCCCCAAGUGCUGCCAUCAAGCGUCGAUCGGAUUCUUGGGGUUCCUGGACCGCUCCAGCAGACUCUUUUGAGGACCAUCAUGAUUCUGAAGGCUCAAGCGCUUGCUUAUCAAGCUCUAGUGCUGGUGGCUCUAGUUCAGGAUCUGGCUCAGGAUCUGGCUCAGGAUCUGGCUCAGGAUCUGGCUCAGGAUCUGGCUCAGGAUCAGGCUCAGGAUCUGGCUCAGGAUACGGUUCAGGAUCUGGCUCCGGAUCUGCCUCAGGCGCAGGGUCUGGCUCUGGUCAAGGCGCUGGUUCAGGAUCAGGAUCAGGCUCAGGUGCCGGAUCAUACUCUGGCGGAGGCUCAGGCAUCAAGACCAUCACUGUCACCAAGACUGAGACUAUCUCCGGCAAGGUUGUGACCAAGACCGAGCCCGCAGUGGUGGUGACCAAGACCGAGUUCGGCAAAGUGAUCACCGCGACAGAAGUCAUCACGAAGACCGAGGAGGGAGGAAAGGGAGGUUAUCAACCAACCGUCACUCCCACAAAGUCUGGAAACGCAGGCAAGCCCACACAGACCCCAAAUCUCUACUGCUCGCCCCCGACUGCUGGCAAAACAAUCGUUCUUACCGCUGCCAGCGCCAUCCCCGCCGGAUCAUACGUGACUUUCUUGUCUGGUCUUGACAUCGUCAGUGUUCAAGGUGUGAUCAGCGGCUCGAGCAUCACGGUCACCAUCCCCGCGGUGGCUUCCGGCCAGACUUAUACCUUCAUCACCAACGCCGACAACGAGAAGGUGCUGAAUGCCGGGUCGGUUCUCUUCGGACCUGCAAUCGUCGAAGUUACUCCCGCUGCCGUGUAA